AUGCUAGGUUUAGGUCAGUCCGCUCAAGCAUAUGCCAAUGACGGCGAUGCCAACAUGAAUCAGGCAAAAAGCAAAAAGCCUGGCAUUCCGGGGUGUGGCAUGGCGAACGAUCUUGAAUAUCCUCAUGGCGACAAGCGCUCUUCGUCCAACCAGCAUCACUUGGGAAUAUUGCCAAGUGAAUGCCCGGGCCCUACUUUGAACACUGGCGCCGGUAGCGUCGGUAUCCCAGGCUGUGGUAAAGUCACAAAUAAAGUGGUCAAUGACCAUGACGGCAGCACCAGGUCUACGUUGGCAAAUUUUGACGUCAGCAAAAUGACCGAGGCCAGAAUGAACAGCAGGAAUGUUCCGCCUGGCUGCCAAAAUACAUCCAUGCCACAUUUCGAUGGCUCCAUUGACCAACACAUCCCAGGUGCAGGUUCGCCUCAACCUAAGUCUCACCACAUUGAUGCGUGGAACAGCAUCUCGUCCUGUGGUGCCGAUAAUAACAAUCAAGACAUGAUGCAUCCGCAGGCCGCUCCUUUGGACAGGUACAGUGAACACAUGGUAAGGAAUGAAACGAGCGAUAACGCUACCUCUUCGUACACUGUUCACGCGCAUGGAUCCCCUGCAAAUAUUUCAAGCGCCACUCAGAAAGUUGAUGGAAGAAAAAACCACGAAUAUGGAAUGAAUGAUCGGCACACUGUUCCAAGAGACUGCGUCACAGCCGACACUAAUCCUUCAACGAAUCGAAUCAGUGCUACUGGUCCUAAUAUUGCCAACGUCAAAAAUGAGGUCUUGCAUGAUUAG